ACCACAUAUAUGUCACUUUCGAAGAGAAUAAAAGGGAAUAAGGAUACACGUAAUCUUGCCUAUUGUUGCCUAUUAGUUUAGGAUCGAAGCGUCCGCAUAGAAUAUUUGGAACAAAUAAUUAUUUUUUAAGCUGCCGCUGUCAUGAAGCUCGGACAACAUAUAUACGCGCGUGUGUUAAUCAUUAUGUUCAUUUAAAUAAAAUAUAAGCUACUUGAUCGUAUGUACAACUGUUUUUAAGGCUACGAAGAUGGAUCAGAUAAAAGUCCCAAAGGUAGAGAAUGUGAGGAUGCUAGAUAAGUAUAGCAAUAAUCAUUCCAUUGGCACACUUUAUCUAACAGUGACACAUCUUAUCUUUGUCGAAAGAAGUGGCAAAAAGAAGAUAUGGGUAUUAUAUACGCAUAUCUCUAAUAUAGAGAAGCAACCAUUGACAACCACAGGAUCACCUUUGUAUAUUAAGUGCAAGCAUUUUUUCAUUGUCACUUUUGUCAUCCCAAAGGAACGCGAUUGCCAUGAGAUUUAUCUUACAUUAUUAAAAUUAUCCUGUCCAGCUAGCAUAGAAGAUUUAUAUUGCUUCAAUUAUCAAGAGAGCAAGGAUACCUUACCUCAGCACGCUGGGUGGAAUUUCUUCAAUGUACAAAGCGAAUUUCAACGGCAAGGUGUCCCAAAUGAGGAAUGGUCGCUUUCGUAUUUAAAUAUUAAUUAUGAGCUUUGUGAUACUUAUCCAAAGUACUUAUACGUUCCCAGUGCAUCUACUAAAAAUAUUUUAUUAGGUAGCGCAAAGUUUAGAAGCAGAGGAAGGUUACCAGUUCUAACGUACUUGCAUUCAAACAAGGCUGCUAUUUGCCGAUGCAGUCAACCACUCUCAGGAUUUAGUGCACGAUGUCCCGAGGAUGAAGAAUUGAUGCAUAAUAUAUUAUGUACAAAUCCUAAUUCACGGUAUAUGUAUGUUGUCGAUACAAGGCCACGGAUUAAUGCCUUUGCUAACAGAGCCGCGGGAAAAGGAUAUGAAAACGAAAAUUUCUACGACAACAUUAAAUUUCAUUUCUUUGGGAUAGAAAACAUUCAUGUAAUGAGAACGAGUUUAAACAAGCUUUUAGACUUACAAAGAUCGACUUCCAUGAGUGCAUUUUUGAGUGGUCUAGAAAGCAGCGGUUGGCUGAAGCAUAUUCGUUCUAUCCUGGAAACCGCUUGGUUUAUUGCACGAGCAGUUUCGAACGGCGUGAGCGUGGUGGUGCAUUGUAGCGAUGGAUGGGAUCGCACCGCGCAAGUGUGCUCUCUGGCUGCAUUAUUGUUGGAUCCAUUUUAUAGAACAAUCCAAGGCUUUCAAGCUUUAAUAGAAAAAGAUUGGUUGUCCUUUGGUCAUAAAUUUAGUGACCGCUGUGGCCAUGUCAGUAACGAUGGUAAAGAACUUGCACCGAUAUUUACACAGUUUAUAGACGCGGCAUAUCAAUUGCUACAGCAGUAUCCAUAUAAAUUUCAAUUCAAUGAAUAUUUUCUUUUAACGUUACACGAUCAUGUACAUAGUUGUCAACAUGGUACAUUCAUCGGAAAUUCGGAAAAAGAAAGACAAAUGUUAAGAUUAUCCGAGCGAACGUAUUCAUUGUGGGGCUACUUGGCAAAUAAUAUGAACGAGUAUAUAAAUCCAAUCUACAGAUGCAAUCGUUACAAUAAUGAAGAAUCAGCUGAUAUUCUUCAACCUAAAUUGGCACCUCAAUCUAUUGUUCUGUGGAGAGGCUUGUACUUCAGAUUUGAAAAUGGAAUACAUCCUAGAGAAACGUGCGAAGAUUUGAUUCUAACGAUUUAUGAUCACACGAGUUCUUUAGAGGAUCAUGUGAAGCUUUUGUUAAAACGAGUAAAUUCUUUGGGGCAACUUUUAAAUACGAAUAAUGUUCAAAAGAAAGGAAAGCAUAAAUUCGACAAUAAAUUUAUGAAGGACUCUAUGUCAGAGACUAUAAUAGAAAACACUGCAAAUCACGACGAGAAGACGAAAGCUAAGUUAAGAUCGAAUCAAUUGGAAAAUGAAUUAAAGACAGUUGCCUUAGAAUGGAAAUCGUCGCGAAAUAUGGAAGAAUGUGGAUGUUCUACUACAUUUGAUGCUUUCAACAAAAAGCAUCAUUGUUGGUCUUGCGGUGAUGUACUAUGUACGAGAUGUAUGGCGGCGCACACUAAAUUACCUGGGCAUCUAUCACAGCGUGCUGUGCCUAUAUGCAAAUCAUGCUAUCAGAAUUUCGGCAUAUCCGCUACUAGUCCUUAAACGCGCUUUAUUAACGCGUGACUUAUGCUUAUAGUUCAUAUUUGUACGCACGUCUUAUGAGAAAUAAUGAAAAAACGUAUAUAUCAAGUAAUAAUGUAUUAUUCCGAUUUCAUAUAUUAAGCCAUUCUAUGUUUUUCUGAAUUUUAUUUCGUUUGGAUAAUUGAUUAAUACAAACAACAUAGUACCUGAUUACAAUAUAUACCACAUACGAAUUUAUUUUUAAUUUAAAUAACUGAUGCGCCAAGUAUACUACUGAGAGUAUACUGCUAAAGAUUUUGCCCAUUUUUUAUUUUUAUCUGUCACAUAAUUUACUGCUUAUCGAUACAAUUAGUUUUUUUAAAUAAAUAAUAUAAAUAAUA